GCCACGGCGCGGCCGAAGCUGCCGAUCAGUUCGUUCCUGGCGCCGCGCGCACCCCGCGAGGGGUAGGGCUGAGUUCUAGCUGAAGAAACAAACUGACCUACAUGUACUUCACUAUUCAUUGGAAGAAUGACAGAUGACAAAGAUGUGCUUCGAGAUGUGUGGUUUGGACGAAUACCAACCUGUUUCACUCUGUAUCAGGAUGAGAUAACUGAAAGGGAAGCUGAACCUUACUAUUUGCUUUUGCCAAGGAUAAGCUACUUGACAUUGGUGACAGACAAAGUGAAGAAACACUUUCAGAAAGUUAUGAGACAAGAGGAAGUUAAUGAAAUUUGGUUUGAAUAUGAAGGUACACCACUGAAAUGGCAUUACCCAAUUGGUUUGCUGUUUGAUCUCCAUGCAUCAAAUACAGCCCUUCCUUGGAGCAUCACAGUGCAUUUCAAGAAUUUUCCAGAAAAGGAUCUUCUACACUGCCACUCUAAGGAUGUGAUUGAAGCUCAUUUUAUGGCUUCUAUAAAAGAAGCAGAUGCAUUAAAGCACAAAAGCCAAGUUAUCAAUGAGAUGCAAAAAAAGGAUCAUAAGCAAUUGUGGAUGGGAUUACAAAAUGAUAAAUUUGAGCAGUUUUGGGCAAUAAAUCGAAAACUCAUGGAGUAUCCUACAGAAGAUAGUGGAUUUCGAUACAUCCCAUUUAGAAUUUAUCAGGCAACCACAGAAAGACCUUUUAUACAGAAGCUAUUUCGACCAAUUGCUUCAGGAGGACAGAUGCAUACUUUGGGAGAUCUGCUAAAAGAUGUGUGUCCUAGUGCUGUUGACCAUGAAGAUGGAGAGCAGAAGACUCAAGUGAUGAUUCAUGGAAUUGAGCCAAUGCUGGAAACACCCAUACAAUGGCUAAGCGAACAUAUGAGCUAUCCAGAUAAUUUUCUCCACAUUAGUAUCAUUCCCCGACCUACUGAUUGAAACUCAGCUGUAUUGGUAUGAGGAUCAUUCUCAAGCUGGAAUUAUAAGGGCAUGUCAACUUCUUGCUCCUGUCAGCCUUGACAGAGGCAGCCUGACCAGAAAAAAAAGAAAAAACAAAAAAACCCGAAACAAAGUAAGAAGUCCUCACUGCUGCAAACCAAACAGGAAGAGAGAUCCUAUUGUCAGAUAAGGGCAAUUGGGCUGAUCUUAUUUUGCAUCACCACUGCUUUUCUUCACCGCUGUAAUUAAAUCAGUUGUGAUAUGAAAGAAUUUACAGGACCUCUGCAAGUCUGCUGUUUUCUUGUAAAACAGAAUGAAGCUGAAACUGUCAGCCGAAGAGCAAAUGGAAAUAUGCCACUUGAUUGUAUUUCUGAUUAACAAAUAAACAGGGCUGUUUCCUAAAGCGGUAGUGUUUCAACUUUGAGAGUGGAAACACUGGUUUAAUUUUCUAGAAAGUUAGACAGUGAGAGAUUCAGUUACCAAUAGCUUUUUGUAAAAGAUCAGAUUACUGUAAACCCAUCUUUCCUUAAUGAGAAGUUCAUGUUUACAGUAUGUGUAUUGGUAUGCAAAUGAUCUUUUAACUUUGAUAACAAGCAGUGAGAAAUUUUAAAGCAAACCCGUGAGCAUGUUUUGUCAUUUAAAAACAUGCACAACUUAAUAAUUUACAAAUACUUUUGAGUUGUAUGCUGUCACUGAAUGCUCCAGUAUGUUUAUUAUUCAAACCAGUUUUCAUAGACUAGCAAUGAUGUAGGAUAAUUUGGCUCAGGAUUUGUCAUGGCAUUUCUUUGUGCUCAUCUAUUUUUUUUUCCUGUAAGAGUAUUUUCUUAAUUUAGUUUAAAAAGUUAAUAAAAAAAGAGUAAACGGAUGUUGCAAA